UGGGGAAAGAUGGCGGUGGUUCCAGAUGUUCACGUCAGAAUCUGCGCGCAAGAAAUCAUCAAAUAUGAUCUGGAAAUAAAGGCGCUGGUCCAGGAUAUCAGAGACAGUCCUGGACCCUUGAGCUUACUCACAGAAUUAAAUGCUAAAGUGAAAGUCAUGUUUCAGCAACUCCGACUUCGAAUACAGGACCUAGAACAGAUGGCAAAGGAACAAGAUAGAGAAUCUGAUAAACAAACUCUACUGGCUGAAGUAGAGAAUCAUCGCAAGCAAAUGUUAAGCAACCAAACAGCUUGGCGAAAAGCAAACCUAGCCUGCAAGCUUGCUAUAGACAAUCAUGAAAAAGAUGAAUUGCUGCACAGUGGUGAUUCUUCAAUUCGGCACCGAAAGAUGACGAAGGAAGGCUUGGUGCAGACUGCAAGCAGCAUUACAGAGAGCUUGAUGAGUAUCAGUAGGAUGAUGUCACAACAAGUGCAACAGAGUGAAGAAUCAGUGCAGACAUUAGCAACAUCAUCAAGGACUGUUCAGGAGACAAAUGAAGAAUUUAAAAAUAUGACUGGCACUAUUCAGCUGGGACGCAAGUUGAUUACAAAGUACAAUCGUCGAGAGUUGACUGACAAGCUGCUUAUUUUCCUUGCUUUGGCUCUGUUUUUGGCAACUGUUGUAUAUAUUUUAAAGAAACGUCUAUUUCCUUUCCUAUAGGGCUGGAAUAAGAAGCAUGCAUCAAGGAGGAAUUGAAAUUAGGAACACUUCUAAAUGAUCCAGGAUACAACAAAAGCAAUUGUAUUAUAUUUAUUUAUGAAUUAAAAUGCAAACACAUUAAGAGAACCAUAUAAGUAAUUUCUAAUUUUAUGUUCAUUAAUUAGAGUUUAUUGGGAUAAUAAUUGAUGCUAGGAAGCAAAGCAUAAGUAUUUGCAACUUGAGAUAUUUUGUGUUUUUCCCUUUAGCUGUAUGCUAUUACUAAAUUGGCAGGAGUAUUUGUCUAAGAAUUCAUAUCUGUGACAACCUUAAAGAAGCUAAAAUUUGAGAGAUGCAGCAUUUUUGUUAAUAAUAUGUACCAUAUGCAUUAUUGAGCCAACUAAAGUUGCUUGGAUUCUGAGGAAAUCUGCUUAACAUUUAAGUAUUGAAAAGAAUGACUACACCCUGUAGUUGUUUCAUGUCUUUAAUAUUAUGAAUGUAGUCAAAAUAGUUUACAGGAUUUUGUUAUCUGUAAACAAAUCAUCUUAUUUGACUGAACAGGACCAAUUGUUUACGUUGUUGCACAACUCCCUAUACUAAGGCUAUAUAAAUUUAUUUUGUAACCUGUGUUCAUAUUUAAUGUAAGGAAUUUUGGCCUUUUGUUAAAAUUGUGGGAAUAUUUGCAUGUUUAAAAAUAUUAAACAGAUCCAUUAGAAAAUACUUAAAUACUAAUA